GACGCCACAUUGCAUGGAGACAGUUGAUCCCACUGGUGUCAGGGCUCGGAUGGAUGUGGUUUAGUGCCUGUACCAUACACUGUGGAAUGUAACUGUUCCCCCCAUGAUAUAACUACACUACAAGAUGGAGGCAUCUCGAGCAAUGCUGAUACUCUUACAAGCCCUACUUAUAUUCAUAUUAUCUCUGCACUGUCAAAACAUCUGUGACUGGGGUAAGUACGGAGAAAACUGCAACAAAGACUGUCCAUCCACCUGCCUUUCCAACCCUGUACGAAAGCUGAAACACUGCCAGAAGGAGACAGGGAGGUGUUCUGAAGGCUGUGUUCCUGGCUGGUUUGACGAUCUUUGUGACAAGGCCUGUGGCAAGAACUGCUUGAGAAACAUCUGUAAUCGUCAAAAUGCCAUCUGCACGCAUGGAUGUACUGGAAACUACACAGGGGAGCUUUGCAACAUUAGGAAAGCAGUAACAGUUGUUCCCGAGACACCGACGAAAGCAUCUUCUGACUCGAACUCAGCACAACCGACGAAUGCACCUUCUGACUCGAACUCAGCACAACCGACGAAUCUUGCUGCGAUCCUUGUCCCAGUGUUCAUCGUCAUCAUCAUCGUCAUUAUCAUCAUUGCUGUGGUGAUGUUCAGACUAAGGAAGCGCAAAUCGAUAAGAACACCUAGAGGUCAGCCGGAUAAACGUGGACGUUCUGAUGAAGCCAUUUCUUUGAUGGAGAAGCAGUCUGCACCAGCUCAGAACACUUCGUCACAGGAUGAGGAAACACAAGGCACUCUUAUACUACAGACAGAUUUGCCAAACGAGCUGAGGAAGGGUAUCAGUGACAUCUUCGUUGAAACCGACAGUUUAAACAAGGUGAAAGAAAAACUGGAAAAGUUUGGCCACGUGACAAUAAGCGGUGGUCCAGGAGAAGGUAAAACAUCCAUGGCCCUGAUGUUAGGAGCUGCAUACAGGAGACAUGGGUAUGAAGUGGUACUGGUUGAGGACGUUGGUACUUUCCAGUUGUCUGAGUGUCUGUGUAAGAGCAAAGACGUAUGUGUCAUAUUCGAUGACGUAUUUCAAAACGUUGGGCCAUCUAUGGACGUACAUCGCCUAAGACAAGUUCUCUAUGAGCUCCAUAUACAUCGUGAACCCUGGACAAGCAAAUUGGAAAGACGAUACCACAACCUGCAGCAGACGCCAGGAACCGAACAUAGAAGCAACGACCAUACAAACCUGUAUUUCAUAUUCACCACAGAUACCAAAAGGUUUCAAUGUGCAAUGUCAAAAUUUAAAGACCCUAUUUUUUUCCAAGACUGGUCUAUUGUUGACGUGACCAAACUGAAAGAUGAAGAGAAAAAAGCCAUAUGGAUGAAACACAAAAGCUAUUUCAAAUGUCGAACAAAUGUCGACGUGAAAAAGAUUAUUGCGUACAAAGAAAUAAUUGGUUUUCCAUUGACAUGCAAACUUUUCUCUAGUCACGUGCCCUUUCAAAAACUCAAAGAAUCGUUUUUUGAGAUGCCUGUUUACCAUAUUAAACGUGAACUUGAUGUGAACGUUAGUCAGUUAGAUGACACGUCAUUGAAACUCCUUUUACCAUCACUGUGUGGCAGUGAACAGAAACUCAAACACAGAAAAUCAGAACUCCACACUAAAUGUGACAACAAAGUACAAAACACGCACCUAAGGGAUGUUUUAGUUCUUGUCUCUUGUUCCCAUCCUCUAAUACAAGACAUGUGUAUGUCUGCCAUAUUGGAUACUAAACCAGAGCUGUUCCUCCAUAACUGUAGUUUAGCGUUCAUCUGUGACCAUGUACGUGAUCAGCAGCAUGACACCGCUCCAGCAGAACAAACUGUCAUUUAUUUCCCCGGUGCUCACAGUGACGUCAUCACCGCCAGACUGGCUGAAGCUGUUGCUGAUGGCACGUUCAGUAACUACAUCAUGCAUCCCAUGUGGAAAAGGAAGGAAGUUGCAGACAAAGUGCAACAAAUGCUUGGAGAUGAAGGCGCUUCGUCAUGUGAUGCUAAGUACAGUAUUCUCCAUUAUUGCUGUUUCCUGGGGAACAAUGACACCAUAAAACGACUCCUCCCCAACUGUGACAUCAACAGGCGUGCUGUGAAUGGUUGGACGCCAGCUAUGUUCGCAGUUGCUGGUGGACAGAUGGACACUUUGGAUCUCCUUGUUAAGCAUAAAGCUGAUGUCACAUUACUUGAUUCUAUGAACAAUGACCUAUUCCAUUUGGCUUGUCAAUACAGAGACACUUCGGUUGUGAAAAUAGUUAAAAGUUUGCUGAAAAAGAGUAAGGCUUGGCAUAUUAACUGCCGAGGAAUGAAUGACUGGACACCAAUUAUGUGUGCAGUUUUCUCUGGUAAGAAUGAUAUUUUGGACUAUCUUGUCCACAAAAAGAAAACUGACUUAACAUUAAGAGAUAGCAACAACAAUACUGUUCUUCAUCUGGCAUGUAUGUAUGGAAAUGAAUCCAUUGUUAAUUCGUUGUUACCAUCAACAGACAAAGAUUGUCAUGGGAGACAUGGCAUGACGCCUGUGAUGUGUGCUCUAUUGUCAGGGAGGAUGGAUGUGUUUAACCUUCUCGUGUCACAAAAUGCAGACACGGCAUUGGCCGACUAUGAUAACAACAGUCUCCUUCAUUUAGCCUGCCUCAUUGAUGACAUACCCGACAUCCUACUAACAAAGAUUGACGCUGAUACUCAAGGAAAUCAGGGUUGGACGCCUCUAAUGAAGGCAGCUGUCAAUGGAUCAAAACAUGCAUUUGACCAGCUGGACAAAGCAAAGGCUAAUCUUUACCCGAAAGACGACAACAGCAACAAUAUCCUUCACCUGGCAUGCCAUGGUGGACAUGUCUCCAUUGUGAAACAUCUACUGACAACGGAUGACAUCAACAGUCGUGGGAAUAAAGGAUGGACGCCAGUUAUGUAUGCAGCUGCCAAUGGCUCGAAGGACGUGUUUGACCUGCUUGUGUCUAAGGGUGCUGACUUACCCUUGAAGGAUGACUACAGCAACUCUGUAUUUCACUUAGCAUGUGCAGGUGGGAACCUAUCCAUUGUGGAGUAUCUGCUGCCAAAAUCUGACAUCAAUAUCCGGGACAAUUAUGGAAGAACUGCAAUUAUGAAAGCAGCUUCUGCAGGCCAAAGUGUUGUCUUUGACGUUCUUUUGUCGAAAAAAGCUGAUCUUACAAUGUCUGACGAGUACAAUGACACUGUCCUACAUUGUGCAUGUGCGGGAGGAAAUCGAUCUGUUGUAGAAUAUUUACUGGAAAGAAUUGACAACAAUAUUAAAGGAAAGAAUAGCUGGACACCAGAGAUGGCUGCAGCUCGCUUUGGAAAGUUAGAGCCUUUCAACCUGCUUGCUUCAAAAGACGCCGAUCUCACUCUGAUUGACGAUCACGGAAACAAUCUGCUUCACCUUGCAUGUCAGGGGGAAACAGGUUGA